CGGGUGGAUCCGGGUUAUUCACCCGCAAGGUGUUUGAAUAGUGGUUGCUAUAGAGAUGAAAUUGAUCAAAUACCAGAUACUGUUUUCCCGCAUGACUUUUUUCGUGGCGGCGCGGUUUCCUCUUUGUGAUGAGAAUAGUCGCGCACGGGAACGAGUUCGGGUGACUUCCCGCGAUUACCACUCGAGGAAUUCCUGCGGCUAACAAAGAGGGUCCGAAUCGCAACAGCUUUCGUCAAAUUGUCAAUAUUUGAACUAAACAGGAAAGUCGGUUGCAAAAAAUGCCCAUUCCUUCCUGGAAAUGUCUACAUACAUAGACAGAUCUAUGUCGUUAGUAGAAAGAAAGAAACUGCAGUGGGCUAAAGAAAGAGAAGAACUUGCUAGAAUAUCUGGAUAUUGGAGACAAAGUUCUGAACCUAAAAACUACGAAGGACCAUUCGACAGAAAUAGAUAUGCAUCAAAAUUCCCUAUGGUGCAAGGUAGCGAUUUUUACGGACGAAAUGGCAAAGACCCAGAACGAAGAAGCAGCCUACCACCUUUGUACAAAAACCAAUUCAAUUCUAACGAUCGCUAUGACAGAGAACGCGAGCACGGAGGCGAGACGUCCGGAUAUGGAAGCGAUAACAGUCCCGAAUAUCCUCAGAUACAGUCUGGAUAUGAGUCUUCCUCUAGUAGAGACGACAGACCCAAGUGGGGCGAUAAAGGUGUUGGCGUAGGUAAAUUUUGGACGCCGAAAGACGAACCGGAAAAAAAUCCGGGGGAGCCUCCCAAUUGGGUAAAGAGGGGUCUCAAAGAUGGGGAAAUUGUGGUUUCUAAUCAAUCACCUGCUGAAUCACCAGAACAAAAUGAAGAACAAGACAGACCAUACACGACAGAAUCAAACUCUUCAAAUAACCGUUCAUAUAUAAGAGGUCAAAACAUACCUAUAGACUCAAUGGAAUUAGCUGAAAGAGAAAGACGGAGACAAAUCGCAAUUGCUCACCAACAAGCUAUUCGUCAACAGUUGGAAGAAAGGGAAAGAAUACGUCAAGAAGAGAGGGAAAGACGUAUAAAAGAAGAACGAGAAGAAGAACUGCGCAUUGAAAGAGAACAAGAAAUCGAGCGUCAAAGACAGCAAAUGGAACAAAUGAAGCUCCAAGAAAAAAUUGAGAACGAAAGAAAAAGAAAGGAAGCCAUUCAAGAAGCCAUAGAACUGGCUCAGAAAGAAGCGCAGUUAAAUAAAAUGAAACAGAAAAUGUUGAAAUACACAAAUAACGAUGAUUGUGAAAUUAUCAACAAGAAUAUGUGUGAGAACGUCGUUGAUAAAGAAAAAGUUUGUGAAUCAGACCGACAGGAAGACAAUUUUAAUAAGGACAAUCAAAUAGAUUUUAAAAAGACUUCCUGUGACAAUACGGUCGAGAAUAUUGAUGCUCCUUUACCUGUUCCAGUUCAACCUGAAGUAAAGGAAGUUUUAAACAAUGAAAUUGAUAUUUCAAGAGCUUCACCAAAAGUAGUGAAUAUGUUAAAGGACAACUGUGAAGCCAAAGUGCAAUCGCCGCGGCAAAGCAAUUUGCUGAUCGAUUCCAAUAAUCAAUCAAAUAAAGUUGCAACUCCCAGAGCUGACUACCAAGCUCUUGUUUUUCAAUCUCCGUUAGAAAUUUUGCAAAGUAUCCCUUACGCCGUUCUUGUGCCUAGCUUGAAUCCAUCUACACCUAUGUCAAUUGCAGUACCAUUAAUGUCUACUGAACGAGCUACAAGUACUUCCAGAACUGAGAACAGGAUUCUUACACCCACCCAGUAUAGAAACAAGAAUUCCAGAUUGUGCGACAGCAGCACACAAACUGAAUAUUCAGAUUUUGUGGUGGAACCCAAUGAAAAAUACGUUCGAGAAAAGUUCAGUAAUAUAGAACUGACAUAUGAUAACAGAAACAGUAGAAAGUGCGGGAGGAGUAGAAACGAGGAAAGAAGAAAUGAAGUGGCGGAAGAGAGGCCGAAAUGGGGUGCUAAUAGACCUCCCACUAGGUACCUAAAACAAAGUGAAAAAGAUUUGUUAUAUCAAAGGAAAAAAUUACGACAAAAAAUGCGGGAUUCUAAAAAUUACGACGACAAAAAUUCCAGUGAUGAGAGUCAGAUGGGUAGUCCCAGAACUUAUCGAAAGAAAGGUUACAUAGAAAAACGAAACACUCGUGCCUUAUGGAGGAAAAACGAUCAAGUUUUCCAAAGAAAUAUAAGAAUGUACCAAACGGAAAUUGUACCGCUGGAAAACGAUAAGGACCGCUUAUAUUAUCGUCAUGAUGAUCAUGAUUGUUGUUGCAGAUGUAGAUGCGACAGGCAUAAUAUCAAGGUGGAUAUAUUGAAAAUAGAACAUAAUUCUCCCAGAGAAUCAGUCCAGUACAAAUCGGAAGUACUUGAGAGGAACAAUAAAUUACCAGAAUGUGUGCCUAAUGAAAAUAGUGAUAUCAUAGAAAAAUUAAAUUCAUUGCACAAUGGCUUGAUGAUGAAACAAGAACAGUGGAAAAAUUCGCCUAGAACACCAUCAUUGUCUUCAUUAAAUAAAGUUAACUAG